AUGGACGGUGAUGAUCUUUUUGGUGUAUUUGGAGAGACACCCACUGAAGUCCCUCACUCAACCUCUAUGGAAACUCCAGAAAAGGUUGUCGAAGAUCAGAAUAGCUCAAAUGACAAGUCUAAGAAACGUUCUUUAACCUUGGAUUCUGAGGAUAGCACCAGCCAACAAAAGGAGGAACCUAGCAAGAAGAAUAAAGCAGAACGGUCCUUAUUGAAGGAAAAGAAAAAAUCGGAAGUUGUUCCGAUUGUUGCAGAUUCUUUUGAGCAGGAAGCUUCUAGAGAAGUCAAUGCAUCAAAUGGUUUAACAAAUAACACGAGUGUCGAGCCGGAACAAGAUGGGAAAGUAAAGCUUUCACAUCAGGUGAGACAUCAAGUAGCACUACCUCCUCUUUACAAUUAUGCACCUAUUGGUGAGCAUAAAAGGCUUAACGAAGCUAGGACAUAUCCGUUUACUCUAGAUCCUUUUCAAGAUACAGCCAUAUCGUGUAUUGAUCGAGGAGAGUCGGUGCUAGUAUCUGCGCACACAUCAGCCGGUAAAACAGUAGUAGCAGAAUACGCCAUCGCGCAAUCUCUAAGGGAUAAACAGCGAGUCAUUUAUACUUCUCCUAUUAAAGCACUUUCGAACCAAAAAUACAGAGAGCUUCUAGCAGACUUUGGAGAUGUUGGAUUGAUGACUGGUGAUAUUACUAUAAAUCCCGAUGCUGGCUGUUUAGUGAUGACAACGGAGAUUUUGAGAAGCAUGUUGUACAGGGGUAGUGAGGUCAUGCGAGAAGUUGCGUGGGUGAUCUUUGAUGAGGUGCACUAUAUGAGAGAUAAGGAACGUGGUGUUGUCUGGGAAGAAACAAUAAUUUUACUACCAGACAAAGUUCGCUACGUGUUCCUUUCGGCAACUAUACCCAAUGCUAUGGAGUUCGCUGAAUGGAUUUGUAAGAUUCACUCACAGCCUUGCCAUAUUGUCUAUACAGACUUCCGUCCAACGCCGCUACAACAUUAUCUAUUUCCAGCACAUGGUGACGGUAUUCAUUUGGUUGUUGAUGAGAAGGGAACUUUCAGAGAGGAAAAUUUCCAAAAAGCAAUGGUAUCAAUUAGCAAUCAGGUUGGCGAAGACUCAGGGUCCGUCAAUACAAAAGGUAAGAAGGGACAAUCUUAUAAAGGUGGUGCCUCAAAAGGUGAUUCAAAAGGUGACAUAUAUAAGAUUGUGAGAAUGAUAUGGAAGAAAAAAUACAACCCGGUAAUUGUGUUCUCAUUCAGCAAGCGUGACUGUGAGGAAUUGGCUCUGAAAAUGUCCAAACUUGAUUUCAAUUCUGAAGAAGAAAAGGAAGCUUUAACCAAGAUCUUUACUAAUGCUGUUGACCUUUUGCCUGAAAGUGACAGGGCCCUCCCUCAAAUUCAACACAUUUUACCUUUAUUAAGAAGAGGUAUUGGUAUUCAUCAUUCUGGACUACUACCUAUUUUGAAGGAAGUCAUAGAAAUUUUAUUCCAAGAAGGAUUCUUGAAAGUACUUUUUGCAACAGAAACAUUCUCUAUUGGAUUGAAUAUGCCUGCAAAAACAGUGGUUUUCACCAGCGUGAGAAAGUGGGAUGGUAAACAAUUCCGUUGGGUUUCAGGUGGUGAAUACAUUCAAAUGUCCGGCCGUGCUGGACGUCGUGGUUUAGAUGACCGUGGUAUAGUAAUUAUGAUGAUUGACGAGAAAAUGGAACCGCAAGUAGCCAAAGGGAUGGUCAAGGGCCAAGCCGAUAGGCUUGACUCCGCAUUUCAUCUAGGGUAUAACAUGAUUUUAAAUCUAAUGAGAGUCGAAGGUAUUUCUCCUGAAUUUAUGCUUGAACACUCUUUUUACCAAUUUCAAAAUGUCACUUCUGUACCUACUAUGGAGAAAAAAAUGACUGAACUGAAUAAUGAGGUAUCUAAGAUCGAAAUUGAAGAUGAAAAGAACAUUAGAGAUUACUACGAAAUCAGUAGAACAGUUGAUGCCUACAAGGAAGAUGUUCGUCAAAUUAUUACACAUCCAGCAAACAUACUCAGCUUUUUGCAACCUGGAAGACUAAUCAAGGUAAAAAUUGAUGGGAAAUUCGACUACGGUUGGGGUUCGGUUGUUGAAUUUGCAAAGAGAACCAAUAAACGGAAUCCAACAGCUUCAUAUAGCGACCAUGAAUCCUACAUCGUUAAUGUCGUCGUGAACACGAUGUUUAUUGAUGCACCCGUGAAUUUAAUAAAGCCUUUCAAUCCCAGCUUACCAGAAGGAAUUAGACCUGCCAAAGAAGGAGAAAAAGCUCUUUGCGCUAUUUUACCCAUCACCCUAAAUUCGAUACAAGCGUUGGGGAAUUUAAGACUGUAUAUGCCCAAAGAUGUUAAAUCAAGCAGCCAGCGAGAAGUCGUUGGAAAGUCUUUAAAAGAAGUAGCAAGAAGAUUUCCCGACGGUGUGCCUCCUAUUGAUCCCAUAAAAAAUAUGAAAAUUGAGGACGAAGAAUUCACCAAGUUGUUGAAAAAGAUAGAAGUACUCGAAACUAAGCUUACAUCGAAUGUUUUAUCAGGAUCCGUAAAAUUAAAGCAGAUGUAUGAACAAUACAGCCAGAAAGUGGCAUUGGAUGAUGAGAUUAAAAAGUUAACAAGACAAAUCAAUGAGGCACAAGCUGUCAUUCAGUUGGAUGAUCUCCGUCGUCGUAAAAGAGUGUUACGUCGGCUAGGGUUUUGUACUCCCAAUGAUGUCAUUGAACUGAAAGGGAGAGUCGCAUGUGAAAUUUCUAGUGGUGAUGAGCUUCUCAUGACAGAACUUAUUUUCAAUGGUAACUUCAACGAACUUUCACCAGAACAAUCAGCUGCAUUGUUAUCCUGUUUUGCAUUUCAGGAAAGAUGUAAAGAAGCUCCUAGGUUAAAGCCUGAGCUUGCAGAACCACUGAAAGCGAUGAGGGAAGUUGCCGCAAAAAUAGCCAAAAUUGUCAAAGACUCUAAAAUGGAAAUUGUGGAAAAGGACUAUGUCGAGAGCUUCAGACAUGAACUAAUGGAGGUUGUUUUUGAAUGGUGCAAAGGCGCUACUUUCACACAAAUCUGUAAGAUGACCGAUGUGUACGAAGGAUCUCUAAUUAGGAUGUUCAAGAGGUUAGAAGAGUUGAUUAAGGAAUUGAUUGAAGUAGCUAACACCAUCGGUAAUUCUAUGCUUAAGGAAAAGAUGGAGGCAGCUCUUAAUCUCAUUCACAGGGAUAUUGUUUCUGCAGGAUCGCUAUACUUGUGA